AUGCAAGAGAGCAUGAUUGAUCGAAUGGUUGUUAUAUCAGAAUGGCGUAGAGGAUCUUUUGGUAACUUGGUCAAAAAAUAUUCGUCAAAUGGCGUUAGAUUCCAUUCUAUUAAAAAAAAUGCCCAAUGGUUUGUGACAUGGUCAAUAAAUUUGGAAAGCCGAUUGAAUAAUUACAAAUAUGCAGGUGGCUGGUUUAAUAACUUUCAAUUGUUGGCUCUCAAUGAUAUUAAAGGUAGGCAAUAUCACGAUCAGCUCUUUCCGAAUUAUACAGAAUCAUGGACUAUACCUGAAAAAAUUAUUGAUUUGGAACCAGCUGAAGCAUCAAAAUUUUAUGACACAUCAAUAUUGGCGUAUAAGGAAUUUGCAAAGAUUAAAUCGUGUCUAGAUGCUCUCAGCUCUGAAUAUGUAGAAUAUGUAUAUAGCACUUAUUCAAAAACAACAACAGUUAUUCCAGGGAAUGAUUUUAUCCAAUUCAUGUAUUAUUUAGAGUCUCUUAUUCUUCAGCUAUUUGAAAAACAUAUCAAAUACAGACCUGAUAUUUUAAUUUACAUUAAUAAUAAUCUUGUAAAUAAUCAACCCUUGAAAAAACAGUUCAAUAACCUUUUGCAAGUAGCAUAUGAACUUCAUUAUAAAUCACUUUCAGAAUUCACAAAUGACUAUAUUCAAUUAUCAAAGGAGGCUGAGGAUUAUCUAUUG